AUGGCAGGAUUGACCAGAUUUAUUAGCAAGUCAGCCGACAAGGCGCUUCCGUUUUUCAUGGUACUAAGAAAGAACAAGACAUUCGAGUGGGGAAAGGAACAGAGUGAUGCCUUGGAAGUAGUAAGGAAUCAUCCCAUAUCUCUUCCCACGAUUGCCAGGCCCGAGAAGGGGGAAGUGAUGCAGUUGUAUAUUUCAGCAUCACCAAAAACGGUAGCGGCCGUUUUGAUAGUGGAAAGGAAGAAGCAGCAGAAGCCGAUAUACUUUGUCAGUCACAUAUUGAAUGCGGUAGAACGCGGAUAUCCAGUGAUAGAGAAGAUGACGUUAACAGUAGUAGUGGCGGCUAGAAAGUUGAGUCCUUACUUUGAUGCACAUCCAAUAGAGGUGUUAACCAAUCACCCUUUGGAGAAAUCAUUGCAUAAAAUGGAUACAUCUGGUAGAUUAUUGGCAUGGGCAGUUGAGUUGUCGGAGUAUGAAAUAAGCUACAGGCCGAGAACGUCAAUUAAGGCUCAAGCAUUGUCGGAUUUCAUUGUUGAAACCACAUACACGGACGAAGAGGAAGAAUUGGGCACAUGGCAGGUAUCAGUUGAUCGUUCAGCUACGGCAACGGGGGCAGGGGCUGGAAUUGUGAUAACAGCUCCAGAUGGGAAAAUGUUUGAAUAUGCCAUGAAGUUUAAGUUCAAGGCAACAAAUAAUGAAGCCGAGUAUGAAGCUGCAAUAGCCGGAAUGCAGUUGUCAAUCGCAGCAGAAGCAAAGCGGCUGGUUUUAACAACUGACUCCCAACUGGUAUCAAGUCAGUAUAGUGGAGAGUAUGAAACUCGAGAGCCAGCAAUGGUGAAGUAUUUGGAGAAGAUGAAACAGUUAGCAGCGCAGUUGCAAUAUUUUGAAAUAAAACUGGUUCUGAGACUGAAAAAUGCUCAAGCAGAUGCGUUGGCAAGAUUAGCAAGUUCAAGUUUUAAUGACUUGGAAAGGACGAUCAUGGUGGAGGUUUUAAAGCAGAGAAGUAUAGAUGAGAUGUCGGCAAAGGUUUCAUGUAUUGAUGUUGGGAACCAGUGGUAUGAUAAAAUACUGGCAUACCUCAUCCAUGGUGCAGGGCCAGCGGAUAAGGGGGAGUUGAAAAGAUUAAGGAAAGAUAGCGUGUGGUUUGUCAUGUACCAAGGUCAGUUAUACAAAAGGGGGUUUGCACUGCCAUUGCAAAGGUGUAUAACGGAUUUUGAGCCAGCAAGGUUGUUAGAAGAAUUGCAUGAAGGUAGUUGUGGUAACCAUCUCGGAGCAAGAGCCUUAUCCAGAGAAGCAGUGAGAAGGGGAUACUACUGGCCGACGAUGAACGCAGAUGCAAUAGCUUAUGUUAAAAGAUGCGAGAAGUGUCAAAAGUUUGCCCCAGUUAUUAACUUGCCUCCUAAUGAUCUGACUCUGAUAUUAAAUCCAAUCCCUUUUGCCCAAUGGGGAAUGGAUAUAAUUGGCCCGUUCCCAUCGGCCACGGGUGGAAGGAAAUUUCUGAUAGUGGGGAUAGACUAUUUCACAAAAUGGAUUGAAGCAGAACCAGUAACGAAGAUAACGGCAUCAGAAGUGAAGAAUUUUAUAUGGAAGAGUAUCUUCACAAGAUUUGGGUUGCCGAUGGCGAUGGUUUUUUAUCAUGGAACCCAAUUUGAUUGUAAGCCAAUCAAAGAUCUCUUAACGAUGUACAAGGUGAAAUUUGCUUAUGCAGCAGUAUGCCAUCCACAGUCUAACGGCCAGGCAGAAGCAGCAAAUAAGCAAAUUAUAAUGGCAAUUAAAAAGAAGAUUGAAGAUGCAAAGGGUUUGUGGGCAGAUUUGAUACCGGAGAUAUUGUGGGCAAACAGGACGACAAUUAGAGAAGCCACAGGUGAAUCACCUUAUACUUUAGUGUUUGGAACAGAGGCAGUCAUACCAGCAGAGGUUGGGUUGCCGACAUUUAGGAUUCAGCAUUACUGUGAAGACCAAAAUGAUUUACUUCUACGACAACAGUUAGAAUUUUUGCCAGAGCUCAGAGAAAAAGCAGCAGUUAAGUCAGCUGCAUAUAAGGAAAGAAUGUCGAGGGCCUACAACAGAAGAGUGUCUCAUCGGCCGUUAAGUGUGGGGGAUUUAGUACUGCGAAGAACAGCGACGACAUGUAAGGGAAAUGAAGAUGGAAAGCUGACUGCAAGUUGGGAAGGACCUUAUCGGAUUAGAGAUGUCGUCAUCCAAGGAUCGUUUUAUCUGGAAACUUUGGAUGGGACACCCCUAAAGAAUGUAUGGAACACGGCUGUGCUGAAGAAAUACUACGUAUAA